AUGUCAACGAUUACUUGUGCAGAUCUUCCAUCAAUUACAUUGAACGAAUAUAAUUUCCACCCCUUUUAUGCACAUACUGAUCAUCAAUCACGCAUGCCCCUUCAAAACAAUAAACAACGAGAAAUAACAAGUAGUUCUUCAAAUCUUUUGUCACAUCAUUUAAAUGAAGAUGAAAGUUGUCAAGUAUGUGGAGAUUUAGCAUCAGGAUGGCAUUGCGGAGCCAUAACAUGUGAGGCAUGCAAGAAAUUUUUUCUUCGUUCAAUUUCAACAGGUGAUGGAAAUAAAAAGUAUAAAUGUCAAAAAGAUUUUUCUUGUUCAAUAACAAAACGUUCACGAACUCAAUGUCAAUAUUGUCGAUUUCAAAAAUGUAUUUCAAUGGGAAUGAAACCACAUGAACCAGUUGGACCAAAAACAGAAGAUUUAUAUAAAAAACUGCCAUGUCUUGUUUGUAGUGCAUCAGCAUCAGGUAUUCAUUUUGGUGCCGUCACUUGUGAGGCUUGCAAAGGUUUUUAUCGUCGUUCAAUAAAAGAAAAUGCUGCUGAGCGAUAUCUUUGUGUAGAAAAUAAUAAUUGUGAAAUAUUAGCACCAUCAAAACUUAGUUGUCGAGCAUGUAGAUUUAAAAAAUGUAUUCAUUUUGGAAUGUCGAUGAAAGCAUCACGUAUUGGUCGACAAUCAAAUUUGUUCAAAGAAAGUAUUCGACAAAUACAAAAUGGUACAACAUCAAUGGUAACAAUAAGAGAUUCAGCUCGUAUUGCAUCGAUGGCUAAACGACGAAAGAUAAAAACUAAAAGUGGACGAACAAUUACUACAAAUAAUGAAAUUGAUAUUGAACUUUCUUUAACUACAAAAGAAUUUAUUAAAAAAGUGCAUAAUGCAUAUAUUAUGCAUUUAAAGGAUUUACCUCGAUGUAUUCCUCGUGAAACAAUCUGGUGGACCAUGGCAUCACAAAUGACAAUAUAUGCUGAGGCAGUAAUAAAUUUCUGUCAAAAAACAAUUCCUGUUACAAACCUUUUUGUUAUAGGUUUUGAUAAUAUGUAUGAAAGAUAUGAAAUAAUAUCAUCCAGUAUAAAUUCUGUAAUCAUGAUAACAUUAUUAUCAAAAAUGACGUCGACAAAAUAUUCGUAUAAUGAUAAUAAUAAUAUUCAACCAAUAUGGAACUAUUGGCAAGCUGAAUCAACAUUAUCAGCAGAACUAAAUGCACAUGUUCCACAAUUAACAGAAGCUGAAAAUGAAUUUCGUUCAUUUGAAUCAAAAAUAAAAGAUCUUCAUUUCGAUGAAAAAGAAUUAUCUCUUCUUUUAUUAAUGAUUAUUACUCGAACAAAUUUAAAUGUAAUAAAUGAAGAAAAUAAUUCAUGGCCAAAAUGUCAAUAUGAAUGUGUUCAAGCAUUUUCUGAAUAUACACAAGCUCGUCGUUCAACUAGCAAUGAACAUCUUCCAAUAGAAUUUUAUGAUAUCAUAUUUUUAGUAUCUCAACUUCGAUCAUUAAAUCAUCGUAUAAGUCAAUGUUUAAUGAAUCUUCCAUGGCCAUAUAUUCCAAAUUUACCUUCAUUUUUCUAUCCGAUUUAUUUACCACAUAUAACAAAUAUGUCAUCAGUAUUAAAUAGUAAUUAUGAUUUAGUGGCUUUAUCACCUGUUAAAUCAACAUUAAAUAGUAAUAAUCAUUAUGGCAAUGAAUUCUUUAGUGAUUCUUUAAAUAGUAAUUUAAUUGAUGUCAAUAUGCCAACGAAUAAUUUUGGAACAACAAAAAAUAUAUAUUUACACAAUGAAAAAAAAUUUCGAACCAUGCCAAGAAUUGAGUCUCCUUCACAAACAUCAUGGCAUGUUUCUAAUAUGAUGACGAAUCAUCAUUCAUGUUCAUCUUCGUCUUCUUCAUCUCCAUCAAAUAUGGGACGAUUUGAUUCUCGAGUAAUAGGCAUUUCAUCAGAUGAUAUAACUGUUUCAAUUCGUUGGUAA